AUGUCAGAGCAGAAACCUAUACUUCGCGGAAGAAUCCACCAGGUUGCUUUCUACCUUACUAUCGCAAAGACUUUUAUGUAUGCCAUUUGCUGCAUUCAUAGAAAGGGAAACUUUGGAAUAAUGAUAUAUCUUAUGUCUCAAUUGGUAUUAUUUGGAGUAAGCAGUACAUAUCAUGUCACAUCAUGGAAGGACGAAAAGACAAAGUCUCUUUUUCAGAGGUUAGAUCACAUCUCCAUAUUCCUUCUUAUAUCGGGCACACAAACAUCCGUGAUUCUUAACCUAGUUCCAACAGGAAUGUAUACAAAAUAUAUUCUAAUGAUGACCUGGACAAUAUCACUAGCAGGGAUUCUUAAGAUUAUACUUAUGAAAAAGCUGCAUAUGCACUUUGAUCUUAUGGUCUACAUACUUCAUGGCGUGUCUAUCGUUCCGUUCUUCCGUAUCAUCAUGAAUAGUAUUCCGAUAAGUGACCUUUCUCUUUUUAUAUUAGGCGGUGCUAUAUACAUAAUUGGAGGGCUUAUAUAUGGGAUGGAAAGACCAAACCCAUAUCCUCAAGUCUUUGGAUAUCACGAAAUAUUUCAUGUGAUGACUGUAUUAGCUAAUUGGUGUUUUCUUGUCCCUUUGCUAAAGGGUUACAUUUCUACUCUAUCUGGAAAAUAA